AUGUCCGCCAAAAAAGCAGCCGUAUUGAAUACUGGCUACCCGAUAUUCGGUAUCAAGUUUAUUGAUAAUAAGACCGUUUUGGCCGUGGGCGGCGGUGGCGAAGGCAGUAAUGGCGUUCCUAAUAAGAUCACAGCAGUCAAAUGCAGUUUGAAGGUGAAAGACCAGAAUAGAAGAUUACAGAAAUACCGUGAGAUCACCUUGCCGCCAAAUGAGGAUUCUCCAAUGUGUGUUGACGCUGCUAGGACCAUUGGCGACGACGGUAACAAGAAUAACAUCUUCGUUGGAUGCAACCAGUCUACGGCGUUGAUCAAAAACAUGAACGUGAACAACAACUUGAGAAAGUAUGGGUUCAGCGACGAGGAGCAUUUACUGUUCUUGGACGCUGUUCAAUAUGAAAACGCUGUGCUGGCAGAAUCAGUGGGCGAAUACCCAAAGAUCAUCAGCAUGUCGCCAGAGAGUGAAAUUGGUGCUUUCAUGACAUCCCACUUACCAUCUGAAGUAUCCAUCUUCAGACCUGACAGUUUGGAGUUGGUGGCAAAAAUACGUGCUUCCACCGAGGGGGAGGUCAAGGACUUCCAGGUUAGCCAGGACAAUGGCAAGUCGUUGUGUCUUGUGACCUCAUCCACCAUUGAGGUGAUCAGCACGGCCACUGGUAGGCCCGAGUCCUCGUCUGCUCAGGCCGAUAAAAAGUCUAUAAAGGUUUUGGCCAAGUACAAUCUCUCGAAGAUGCGCUUCAUUUCGGAUACUAAUAUUGUUGUGACAGGCGCUUUGAAGAACGGUAAAGGAACUGGCAUCUUGCGCUACGACAUUGUUGACCACAAAGUUGUUCAGGAGUCUCUUGUGACAAAGAAAAAUGUAUUGGUGGUUGCCAUGGACGUGUCUGUUCCCCAAAACCUCAUUGCCUUGGCUGGCAACGAUAUCUGCGUCACUUUCCUUCGAUUGUCUGACUUAAAGGUGAUUUCCACCGUACCAAAAUUGCAUCAGUUUGCGCUUACCAGUUUGAGCUUCUCGCCUAGCGGCACCAAGUUAGCCUCCGGAAGUGCUUCCCAAACCUUGAACGUCAUGCCCAUCCCUCCUAAUUUUGCCAAGGGAUCCUCCUUCGUGUGGUCGUUCUUCAAACUUUUAAUGUUCUUCUUUGUCAUCGCUGCUGGAAUUUUCCUUCAGCAAGCCCUUCAGGCGGGUCAGCUCGACCAAUACAUUCAGUUGCUUGAGCAGUAUAUUGGCCCCAUUGACCAUUACGUGGAUCUCUCCAAAAAACACGGAGGACAGGUCUACGAUAAAGCCCAGGUAUACGGUAAGGUGGCCCUCGAGUUGUCUCAAAAGUAUGGCAGCGAAUACUACGACAAGGCCCAGGUGUAUGGUAAAAUUGGGUACGAGGUUCUCAAGGACAAGUCGGCUUACGGUCUUGACUUGAUAAAGGAGAAACUCAACCGUGACAAGCUCGACAAUGGUGAUGAUACCAAGCAAUUCUUCACCAUGACCGACUGGGAAGAUAAGCCCGAGAACUUGGUGCAAACUGAGACUGCCACUACCGCAGCACAGCCAAAUGAUACCCUUAAUGACAUUGUCUCAGAGGUCACCAAGGCUGUCGACCACCUCACCAACGCCGAAGGCGAAAUUGACACUGACUCUAUUAUUAGUGAAGCUGUGGCACUUGAGAUUAGCACCUUAGACACUGUGGUCCCUGACGAGGAGCCACUGUCCGUCGAAUCUAUAGAAGCAGAGACUCAAGAGACUGAGUCAACUGAAGACCAAGCUGUCGAGACUGAAGUGACCUCGAAAGAUGAGCCCGUUGAGUCGGAAUCCAGUGUCGAUGAGCCCUCCUUAGAAACCCCUCCUGUUGAAGAGUCCGAGCAGCAACCAGAGUCUGUCCCUGAAGAGUCAGAGUCCUUCGCCGGCACUGUUUUGGAAGACGUCGGUGAGGUUCCAGAGCCUACCAACAUCCCCGUCGAGGGUGAAGUCGAAGAUAUUCCAACUGAAGAAGCCGCAUUUGAAAAUGCGGAGCCCGAAGUUGUCAUCGAGGAGGAAAUAACGCCUGAGACAGUCUCAACUGGUGUGCCUGAAGUGUCUUCGAACAAUGUUGAAGAAGCUGAAGAUGUCGAAGCUGAACAACCAGAGGUGUCUCUCGAGGCACCUGAGGUAGCUGAGGCAGAAAUCCCUGAGCCAACUGAGGAUUCUCUGGAACAGGAAACCGAAAUCACCAGCACCAAGAGUUCUGCUGCAUCUGAGCCUGUGGAGGAGCCUGUCGAGAAAAUCGCAGAAGAGAGUGACCCCGUCGAGGAAAUCGAGUCUCCUGAAAUUGCUGAGCCAGCAGUAGAGGAAGUGAAUGGCUCGACCCCUGAUGUUUCUGUGGAAGAGCCAAUUGAGCAGCCUAUUGAGCAAGAAGUCGAGGAGGAGGUUGAAGACACUGCGACAGUGGAGAGCUCUGAAGUCUCUCUGGAGCUCCCAACCGAGACUAGCUCCACAGCAUCUGAUGUUGCUCCAGAAAGCGAAUCAACCAUCGAGACUGAGCAAGUUGCUGAAGCUUCCUCGGAGCCCACUAGUGAGACUCUGGAUGUUACCACUGCUGAACCAGUCAGUGAAUCUUCCAUUGAGCCUAGUGAGGAACCCGCUAUUAAUCAAGAAAGUGAAGUGUCUGCUGAGCCUACUGUCGAGUCCAUCGAGGAGCCUGUUGUCGAGUCCAUCGAGGAGCCAGUUGCUUCAUCUGAUCAGCCCGUGGAGCCUUCUUCAUCUUCCAUCGAGUCAGAAUCCGAGCCAAUUGUGGAGUCUCCUGCUCCAGCUGAGGAGUCGGUUCAGUCGUCAUCCGAACCAGUCAAACCCUCCGUUGAGUCGAAGGUGUCUGAGAAAUCUGAGCUGUCUGUCCCAGAAAGCAUCCAGACGGAAACGUCUUCAACCAAGAAAGCUGCCUCUACGGCCUCCUCGUCUGAGGAAGCCCCAUCCACCGAAUCCUACCUGUCUGCCUCUCAGAGUGCAGAGGAGGAACCCCAAAGUGUGUCCACAGCAACCGAGGCCCUCAGUGAAGCCAUGUCUAAGCUUUCCUCCGAAGUCAGCUCCCUCAAGUCAUCCGCUACUGCCGCCGCCCACGACGAGCUUUAA